ACUAGUGUCAAAAUAGAUAUUGGUUACCUUCGACAAUAGGUUUUUGCAUGCUCAGUGGCAAUAUCAAGCGACCUGGGUAAAGCAUAAAUUCGUGAGACAGAGUAAAUUCCAUACAUGAUCAUUUCCAAAAUCCUUGUGCAACAGCUGUGAAUAGAAGAAAAAGUACAUCUAUCGAGGAGAACGAUUUCAUCAAUUGUCGACUCAUCUUUUCUAUGUCAAUCAUAAUUUGCUACUGGUCGCUUCUAAAUGGCAAAUAAUUCAGAUAAAGUUGAGCGAAGCUUUCUGCAACAUGCUUAAUAGUUGCUGCUGGUGGUUCUUCUUGAUUGUAAUACUAACAAUGACGUUUUUUUUCUGUUAGAUUUAUUCGACAUGCUCUUUAACAAAGAUCGAAUCGAUUUCUUUAUUUCCAUAUAUACCCAUAUUUUUCAAUUCGUAUUAAAUGUAGAAUCAAACUUUAUACCGUUUAUAACCUCAUCAUAUAAGUACCAGAUUAAUUUCAGCUAUCUAAUUUUGCUCGAAAGCAAUCACUUCUUAGUAGAAGUUUCUUUAUAGUUAAAUAUGAAUGUUUUUCUAGUCUAACUUUAGCAAACGAGUAAAGUUUCUCUGUAGUCAAGAUUUAUGAUUACACUCUAAUUCUUACAAAGUAUGUCACAUAGAUAAGAAAGAAACAUCACUUUAUAACGAACGAUCUUACAUAUCUUCUUGAAUUUUCACCUCAGAAAAUGUUCAUUACUGUCAUCUAAAUUGCCCCUUUAGUUGAUUGAACAAUGUAUGAAAUUUGAUACUAAACGAUAUUCUAUUCUUAUUAUGACAUAGGCUGGAAUAAAAAGUGGACAGACCGAGGAAAUGAUCUGGCAGACUCUUAAAAUGUUGGCCUGUCAUAGGCAGACCAAGCCUACAAAUGUUGAGUCUUGUUGGAUCUCUGGUAUACCAUGUCGACCUUAUAGCUUUUCAUAACCUUAUUUUAAUACAGUCGAAGGAAAUAUGAGACUAUGAAGAGUACAAGCACAACGAAUUUUAUUUGAACAAAUCGAUUGUGAAUAUAUUUUAAAUAUUUCUGCUUUUUCACGGUAAUAAUUAACUAUUCUUGUUCUUGUUUUUUGUUGAUCUUUUCAUUUUAUUAUGAGGAGUUAUUAAAAAAACUUCGAAAAAGUUUUUAUUUAUUCGAAGAAAUCUGCAGAAUAUUGAAAAUACUAAACGAAAAUCAGAAUUUCGUUUUCUUUUCGAAUAUGAAUUCGAAAUCUUUGUAUUUGAAAUAAAUUUUGCUUCUACUUUAAGAAUUUAUUUUUCCGAGCUAAAAUUCAUCUAAAACGAAUUGAUAAGUUUCUAAAAUAUCAACUCAUAAAUCCUAAACUAGAAGUUCUACAAAAAUUUAAAACGAUUAAAACGAAUGAACAUAUAUUCUAUUUUUUUUUCUAUAAUACAUUGUACAAGAUAUGAACAAGACCAGUACACAUAUUCACCAAAUGAAUAUUGUCUUUCUUAUACUAUUGAAAAAUCUUUGUUAUCCUGAUUGAUUUGUAUCAUCGCAUCAUCCAAGAAUGAAGUAAAAUCAAAUAUUCUUGUUUUGUUUGUUUGAAAAUUUGUUCUAUUGAAAGAUCUUUAUCAACAAAUAUGAGUGAACAACGUCAAUCUAAGUUAUUUCGGCAAAUCAUAAUAAAAAAAAAACUUUAAAUUUGUCAAAGAGGUAUAGAAUAAUAUCUCUUCUUUAUUCAUAUCAACUAUUUGAGGAUCUGCUAUAUUAGACUUUAUUAACAUAAAUCUGCCCAGAAUAAGAAAAGUCUUCAGAGAAAAAAACAACAACAUUCUGCUUAAAUAAUUAAGAAACUCUUAACUAUUUGGUUUUUAUGCCAACGAAACAUUAUUUCGAGAAAGAAAGUCAAUUUCUUUUAAAACAAUAAUUCUUAAUUUUGAAUACAAAAAUAAUCUUGGUCAUUCAUUUAUUAAAAAGCUCAUCAUUGGUAUUGCUUAAAUAAUAAAUUUGAAGUAUUUUUGAUCUAGUUUAGUUCCGAGAAACAUCACUAAUGGAUCUUAUUUCUAAAAAAUAUGCCGACAGAUCUAUGAUAAAGAUUUAUUGAUCUUACAAUAAGAUAAAAUCUAUACAAAACAAUUGAAUUUAAUAACUCUCCCGUUUCGUAGUCGAAGAAUAAAGACAAACGAUUAAAAUAGUAUAGGUUACAGUUAAACUUAAAAACAAAACAGUAUUUAUUUACUUACACACAACAAGCAAUAAAGACUAGAUUUUAAUUCUCCGUUGUACUACUAGAUAAGAAAAUUUUAAUUAAAAGAUUUGACGCAUUCAUUUGCUAACUUUUCGAAGAGGAAACAUUGUGAAAAUUUUGACCCUAUGACAACUAUUCUUUAUUCUAAUUGAGAUGAAACUUUCAAUAUUUUUUUUGUCCGAUAAAACAUUCUUGAAUAGUACCGAGAGAAAGAUUCAAAGACUUUUCAUAAUCGUUUGAAAAACUUUCUUUUGCUGAUGAUCUAUUUAUUUUUUAGUAUUUAAAGAUUCAUGUACAACGUCUUCAUUUCGAGAUGAAUUAUUUAAAGAAACUAUUCAUCUAUAUGAUCAAUUAUUAUCAUUAUGUUCAAUAAAUGGUUUAUUUCAUUUUUCUCUCUUUGAAAUUCUGAAUAUAUUUUGUUUUUAAAUAGUUAUAUCUAAGUACUGCAUGUCCAAUAUGACGUGGUUAUUUAUCUGAUAUAGAUUGUCGAAAGAAUAUAUUAAGUGAAGCUGUUGACGAUCGAACAGCUGCAGAAAAAAAAUUUCUAUAGCGUUAUGAUUUAGCUCCAUUGUAUUUAGCUGAUAAAAAAUAAACAUUUAAAUGAUAUUGAUUAUCCAGUUGAUCAAUGUGUUAUUACAAAACUUAUUGAUCAAGGAAUGCCCGAAACAUUAUCUCAUCAUUUUGGUUAUCUAUUUAUUCGUGAUCCACGUUUUAUUUUAAAAGAACUUCUUCAUCCGAUUGAUGAUUAA